AUGUCUCGUCUUGUCAGAUGUUUGAGAAGGGCUGUGGUAUGUAGUUCAUCGCCUUCGAUUUCGGUACGAAAUCCUAGAAUAUGCGUCCUGUCAUAUCAAAGCCCUUGUGUCUCAAUCAGCCGCAAAUUUCUAAGCUCGGGGAGUUAUGUGUCGGAAAUGCGCAAGUCAGCUUUUGAGGGUAACAUUCUCCGAUUAAUUCGAUCGGAGAUUUCGUCCGAGCUCCAUCACUCCCCGCCGCUCCAGCCUGAGGACAGGUUUGGUCCAUUCACGGUGGAUGAGCGGCCAGGGGAGCAGUGGAUUAGCUUGAAAAGAAAAUUUGGGGACAAGGAAGACAUUAAGAUCGAAGCAACCAUGUUUGAUGGAUCAGUUCCAUCAUCAAAAUCCACAAGCAGUGACCCUGAAGAUGUUCAGCUUCACAUUACCUUCGUUGUCAACGUUUCCAAGGGUGGUGAUGGUGAGACCUUGGAGAUCAUGUGUUCUGCUUGGCCUGAUACCAUACAGAUCUCCAAGUUCUUUGUUCGUAAAAGCAGCAAGAGCUCACCAAAUGCCUAUAUCGGACCAGAAUUCGAGGAAAUGGAAGAUGAACUUCAGGACUCUGUUUAUCGAUUUUUGGAGGAAAGAGGUAUAAGUGAUGAUCUUGCUGUGUUCUUGCAUCAGUACAUGAAGAACAAAGAUAAAGCCGAGUAUAUUCGAUGGAUGGAGUGUGUUAAAUCUUAUGUUGAGCAAAAAUAG